ACAAAUAGUUCUCAUCUCUUCUUUGCAGCUUAAGAUCUGCGUUGAUAUUUGAAGAGAACUAAGCUUGAUCAUUCCAUUUAUUUCCAGGAUCAUCUGGACAGUAUACCACUUUAUGAUGGAUUCUUCUGAACAUGACUAUUAUGAAUACUUUGAUGAAUUCCGUGGAAUUCUGUUGUAUAAACAGUUCAUCAAAUACUGGGAUAAUGUGGAAGCAUUCCAAGCCAGACCAGAUGAUCUUGUCAUUGCUGCCUACCCUAAAUCUGGCACAACCUGGAUUAGUGAAGUCGUGUGUAUGAUCUAUGCAGAGGGAGAUGUGAAAAAAUGCAGACAAGAUGCAAUUUUUAACCGAGUACCUUUCCUGGAAUGCAGAAAUGAUAAGAUGAUGAAUGGUGUAAAACAAUUAGAGGAAAUGAAUUCUCCAAGAAUCAUAAAGACUCACCUGCCACCUCGACUUCUUCCAGCCUCAUUUUGGGAAAAGAGAUGUAAGAUGAUAUGCAUUUGCCGGAAUGCCAAGGAUGUGGCUGUUUCUUAUUAUUAUUUCUUUUUAAUGGUUGCGAAUCAUCCAGAUCCUGGGUCCUUUCCAGAAUUUGUGGAGAAAUUCAUGCAAGGUCAAGUUCCUUAUGGCUCCUGGUAUGAUCAUGUGAAGUCAUGGUGGGAAAAGAGUACGGAUCCACGCAUCUUAUUUAUUUUCUAUGAAGAUAUGAAAGAGGACAUCAGAAAGGAGGUGUUGAAACUGAUACACUUCCUUGGAAGAAAACCAUCGGAAGAGCUUGUGGACAAGAUUAUAAAACACACAUCAUUCCAGGAGAUGAAGAACAAUCCAUCUACCAAUUACACGAUGUUGCCAGAAGAAAUAAUGAACCAGAAGGUGUCACCCUUCAUGAGAAAAGGAAUUUCAGGAGACUGGAAGAAUCACUUUACAGUAGCCCUGAAUGAAAGCUUUGACAAGCACUACCAGCAGCAAAUGAAGGGCUCCACACUGCAGCUGCGGACGGAGAUCUAACCCUGGUCCCCAUUCUUACUGUAGCUGAGGUUAAACAUUUCUCAUCAUUAGUUUCUUAUUUCAGAUUGAUGAGAACAAGAACAAGUCUUCUGAAGAAUCAGGCUCACAUUUAGGGAACUCCUUGUGUAAAGAAGAAAUAAAGAUUGUUAUUCUUUGC